AUGGAAGAAUCAACCAAGCAGCUAAUACAGCGCGGCUUGUGCGUCUGCGCUUGCGGCUGCGGCGGCGGAGCAAGAGGAGGUGAGGUCGUCCCGAGGGGCGGCACGGAGGAGUUAGUGGUGGACCUCGAAAAGGGACAGCUGGGACACCGACACCGACAUCGGGAGGAGGAUCCACCGCCGGCGACGGUGGCCGACGCGCUGCUCGCCAGGGACGAGGAGAUGGGGACUACCGCCGAUAAAGCUAUCAAGUGCAUCUUACGGGGACUGAUCGUCUUACUAUGGGUCUAUCUGGUCGAUUGGAUGAGAAGAUACAUGACCACCCACAGCACCGAAGAAUUAAUGUUCACUAUAUGUCCUUUGGGUACUCUCGUUAUAGUUGUGUCUGUGUUCUUUUGCUUAUUGAUGGGUUGCCUGGAUGAAUGCAUGGAUGAACCCGAACAUUCCACAAAUAGUUACACAGAGUAA